GUCCCCUCAGGCCCGGCCGGCCCAUUCCGCUCCGCGCCUGCGUAGCUCCGCCUCCCCGGGAAGCGGAACCGCCGGCCGGACUGCUGUGAGUUUCAAGCCAUCAGCCAUGGGCAUUAAAGGUUUGCAGGGCUUUGUGGCAAGAGUUUGCCCCCAUGCCUGCAGAACUGUAGAUCUGAGAGAGAUGGCAGAAAAACAUCGGAUGGAUCAUCCUGAUUUCCCACCUGUUAUCGUAGUAGAUGCCAUGAGCUGUGUUAGAUACUGGUACACACCAGAAUCCUGGGUCUGUGGUGGCCAGUGGCGGGAGUACCUGGCCAAUUUGGAGAAUUUUAUUCAAGUUUUUCUGGCAGCUGGGAUCCAGUUGGUGUUUUAUUUUGAUGGAGUGGUGGAGGAGAAAAAGAGAGACGAGUGGAUCAAGCGGAGGUUCCAGAACAACAAGGAAAUAGCCAGAAUAUUUCAGUUUCUCAAGACUCACAGGAAACAACCAGGCAGAGAAAUGUUCACUAUUCCUUCAGCUUUGCCUACUUUCACACGUUUUGCCCUGAAGUCUCUUGGGCAAAAAACUGUGUGCACGUUGCAAGAGGCAGACUUUGAGGUGGCUGCGUACGGGUUGCAGCAUCACUGCAUAGGGAUCCUCGGGCAAGAUAGUGACUACCUCAUCUAUAAUACCUGCCCUUACUUUUCCAUUGAGAAGCUCAAUUUGGACAGCUUGGUCACUGUUAUGUACUCCAGAGAAGAUCUUUGCCACGUGUUGGGUCUCAGCUUGACAGACCUCCCUCUCUUUGCUUGCUUGCUUGGCAACGAUGUUGUUCCUGAAAGCUUGUUGGAAGGCUUUUGGCAGAAAUGUUUGGCCACCAGUCCUCGCAGGAAUAACAGCUACAACAGGAGAACAAACAUACUUCUGGCUGUAGCAAAUUACAUCUCAAAAAUGCCAUGCUUAUCCACCAGCCUGAAACACUUGGAAGAGAUGCUACCCUUGGGCUCAGACAAGACCUUGCUUCACAGAGGAGUGGAGUCCUAUCUUUUGCCAGGCCAGCACUCUCCCUGGAUUCCUCCCAACUUAACAAACUGCCAAAUGUUCUCCCUUCAGCAACAAACAGCCCUGUGUCAAGAUAAGGAAAUCUUUCAGUUAGCUAAAGAGCAGCAUAUCCAGUCUGAAAACUACACAAUCUUCAAUAUCCUGAGUAAUGGAGAGCUUGAGUGCAGCAACUCUUUGGAAGAUGAUUCUGAUACAGAAAUCCCUGGACAGGCACUUAUCUAUCGUCCUGCUCGUCAGCAUAUUUAUUCUGUCUUGUUGGGAACUGGAGAAGGGGGAGCCUGCCCUUUGGUAAAAGAGUGGUUUGUCUACUUUGGAAAUACUCUCCAGCAGCCAGACCUAAUACAACCUGUACAGCCUCCUCUUCCAGGUGGAACACCUGAUUUGAAAACCCUGUGGUUUGCCAAAGGACCUGAUGUGGAAAAGCAACGAUACAGGACAUUCCUGGCAUGUUUUCAUCUUCAGGAUGGGAUGGAAGAGCUCCAAGCUCUGGAAGCACCUGCUGCAGGAUUCUGCUGCUUGCUGGCUUAUCUUAUGACCCAGGUCAGCAGUCUCUCUCUGGAGGACUUGGAUGCAUUUGUGGCACUCAUUCUCUGCCUCAAAGGGAAGUCAGCUGCUCAGCUGGCAGGUUUGCAGCUUGCACAAGUGGACUCCAGAGCUGUGCACCUUGGUGCUGUCCUCAUCCGUGGCCUUACAACCUUGCUCAUGGCCAACAGUGCCUGUGGGUUUCCCUUCAGAAUGGAGGAUCUGAUGCCUUGGCAAGUGUUUGAUGGAAAACUCUUCCAACAAAAAUACCAGCAGGCACAUCGAGGUUGCUCUCUGGAAGAGCUUCUGGAAGGCAAUGAGGCUUUGUAUACUCCCUUCCAGAAUCUGAAGUCUUUCGUUUCCAAGGCUUGCCUGGCAAAAAAAAGAACAAUCCAGAGCAGACCAAGAAGGAAUGGAUCCACCCCAGGAACACCACAAAGAGAAUUUCAUCCCAGGUCGCAGCAGCCACACAGAAGUUCUUUUGUUCCUCCCUAUCCUAACCCAGGGAGGGAUUUCCAGUGGAGGAAUCCUCAGCCACGAGGUAGAGAAUACAGAGCAGGACAUCCAGACCGGAGGAGAAAAUCCCAUUUUCCUCCUUGGUGACCCCUGCUCCUCAUGGGAAGUGAUGAAAAUGGAUAAGAGAGCAAGAGAAUUUUUUUAGGAAAUGCUGAAGAUGAGGAAAACUCCAUCAAUAUAUCAAGAAUGGGUGGUGGGAAGGCUCUAAUCAGAAAUAUAUCCAGCCUCAUUUUUAAUUCCAUUUUAUUGUGUAUCCCUUUUUAUCCCAGCCUAUAGCUUAGAGAAGUAAAUUAGGGGAUGUUGUGACAUAAUUAUUUAGGAUCCAGAUAGCAUUAUUUGGAGCAUUUCACAGAAUCUUUGUUGACUCAGUGAUGAAAAAUGAUCAUGAAAAAAUUAUGUCUGAAAAAGGAGGGUGGUGGAGCAAAACCAGAAUGAAUUCAUCUGGUUCUGCUGUCAAAGCUUUUAUGUCUCUUCUGUUAAACCUUUAUGUUCAGUGAUUCUGAAAGUGCUGUCUUGGACCAAAAUGAGUAUUUUUUAAGUGUUUGCAACUAUGUCACAACUUUUAAAUGUAGAUUUUCUGUCAUGGUUUCCUCUCAUGGUACCUCAGUCCCAAGAGAAUGAGAAGAGAUUGGACAGAACACUCCAGAAAUUUAUAAAGAUUUUGUUUGUUUU